AUGGUUCCCAAUCGUUUCCCCAAAGGAAACAGAUUUGAUCUAAUCAUUUCCCCAGAGGAAACAGAUUUGAACCCUCUUGAUGACUAUCAAGAAUUCUUUAAUGAUCGAUUGACAAGGCAAACAUGGGGCCCAUGUGAAGGAAGAUCCGGGCCCAUUUAUGUGAUUGAAUCCGCUUCGUAUGUGUUCGAUCCAGAGAUUUUAGGGUUCUUUGAGGCGACCUCAACCCAGCAGCUCGUAUCGGGAGAAGGUAGUGCUGGUAAAGCGUUGGGUACAAACCAGCAGCUCAUACCAGCAGCUCGCAGAGAAAAUGAGACACAUUCUCAUUAUGGGACUGUUUUGAAUGUCCAUCAACAACAGAUGUCACAGGGUGAUGGUUAUGGGAGUAGCACCACUGAUUCUUCUCGAACCGGAAACUUUUAUGUUCCCACAACCUCAAAUACAUCAAUGAUGAAUAAUCAAAGUUCCUGCAUCAGGAAUGACAAGGGGGACACACUGACUGCAUUAUACUACCACAUUGUUAAGCCGUUGACCAACACAACUGUAAGUGCAUUAUACUACCCUGUAAGCCCUUUGUGA